AAGGUCUCUAAUCAAAAGCCCUACUUUCAUCCACACCCACCUCAGCCGCACAAUCCAACCCAACAACCAAAACGACUCUCACCUUUUACUACUUAUCUCCACGAAAGCGGACACUGGUAUGAUUUACUCUUUCCGUUGGGACAAUCCCGAGUUCAGUGAGUAUACCCGGCUUAUCGACCGUUUCGCUGACAAUGAAGAACGUUCAGCCUGGUAUCUCAACGUGGUUGGGACUUGUAACGGGCUCGUAUGCCUUUCCUUAGGUUACAAUAAACUAAGAAUUUGGAAUCCCAGUGUUAGAAGGUUUGUGAUUCUGCCAAGCCCUAUUUCUGAGUAUAUAGCUAGGUAUGCCUUUGGCUAUGAUUCGCGUAACAACGACUAUAAGGUUUUGAGAACUGUUAAUUUACCUGGGCAGACCGAAUGUUAUCAAGCAGAGAUUUGGUCCUUAGCUCGGGGCUCGUGGAAGAGUCUUGGAGUUGGAAGUACUGGUCGAGGCUUUUUAUCUGAACUCAUCCAACAGCCUGCUUUUGUCAAUGAUGCUGUGCAUUGGGUUCAACUUAAUACGACGAAGGGGGAAAAUGGAAUUAUGUGGUUUGAUAUGGUGAGUGAAUCGUUUGGCGAGACUAGGAUUCCCCAAUGCGUGACAAAAAUGCUAAUGCUUACCUUAAGACAUGAUGAGAACCUUGCCUUGCUUACAUGGGAUUCUGCAAGCGUAGACCAUCCUUGUUCUUAUGACCUAUGGGUGAUGAAAGAGUAUGGUGUCGAGGAGUCGUGGACUAAACUAUUCAGUGCUCGCCAUCAAGAAUUUAUAAUAAGGCCAUUAUGUUGGAGAAAUAGUGGUGAAAUAGUGUUCAAAAUGUUUGGUGGAGGUCUCCUUUCGUUGGACGUUCAGACUGAACAAAAAAAAUAUCUUACAAGGGAUGGAAACGAUUGCUACUUCUUGGAUUAUUAUGUAGAGAGUCUUGUCUUGCUUGGGGAAGCCAACGCAAUUUCUUACUGAGGAGCAACCAAGAAAUAUCUUUUAUUUUCACUCUCGUUGCAAUGUAGAGACAUUUUGCAUUCUCAAGUGGCCACACGCAUGUCCUGUUUGUUGAGUUGUGGGCGCACAAUCUUCUACUUGUUCUUGGUCUUAUUAUUAUCUUUGCUAGCUGAUGCUGAUCAUGACUAACACUCGUCAACGGGAGCUUUUCUAAUAAGGAUUUGAG